GCAAUGCUAAGCUCACACAACCAAACUCCUAUCCCGGCUCCCACGCACUCUGUCCCAGGCAGGUCUAUCGACUGCGGUUCACCUUCUUAAUUCCACCGCGGCUACUUCCCCAAUGUUGCAAACAUCCCACCGAAAACGACGAAGUCAAGUGCUUCAUAUUUAAGUACCCCCUACGUUGAAUGGCCUGCACACCGGAAGUCAUGCAAUCUACUUCUCAACUCGCCGGGUGUCUCAUAUCGAGUCUCGUACGCGGUUAGGGCCGUCGUUUCAAGGAUAAGUCCAAAAACGCAAAGAUCGGAAUCUUUGGCGAAUGUUUCAAGGGGUGUAAUAGUUAUGCAACGUCCUGAAGAAAAGUUACGAACGACGAGACAUUCACGGUUAAACGAGUAAAAUACAGCCUCAAAAGAUGUCUGGUAUCAGGCGGAAUGGGCAGCAUGGAAGUCAGCGCUGCCAAACCAAGUCCUAUACAAUUACGCCCCACGGGAAGGAUCGAAGUACACCGUCCAAGCACUGUUAUCAAGAUGCAUCUACGAUUCAAUCCAGCUUCGGAUUCGGUGACUUUGAACCUCCGCAACCCAAAGCCAUGCCUGCCAAAAUACUAGCUUCAACAUUCUAUGGGACCACUCCUUUACACAAUCUUGCAUCUUACAGCAUCCCGCAGCUUUAUUCUGCAAGUCGAAAUUGGGCCACGGCUGGAACGGAGAUCCUUGCAUUAUCCUUUAUACAGCCGUUGAAGUGGGGGAAGCACUCGCUCCACUCCAGAAACACAUACUCUACAGCCUCUAUUGCAGUCCCUAUCAACUUCCUGCUGCGGUCCGGUUCCCUUAUUUCGACCUUUCACUCAUGUUUGAUCUCCUGAAUGUGUAGCAUUCAUCUUUCUCUUUCAUAUGACAUUCUGUAUGAUCCUAUCUCCAACCCUGCGACCACUCUUAAAGUGCCUAUCGACCUGAUCUAUUCGUAGGCUAGUGAGAGCAAGUAUAUGAUCGACGCAAGGUCCGUAUGGGAAAGUAAAAUAUGCGAAGAUGAAUACUGCUUUUCAGGCAACACACUGUUCAGCUAACUGAGUAUGCAGAAGCUGUGGAGUUCGCAUAAUCAAAGUGCAUCCAUAUUUGAGUAAGGUACAUAUGGGCGAUAUAGCAUGUACUUUAUGAUAACAUCUAUCUGAGGUAUAUUUGAGUGAAAUUUCUGUGGCA